CUAAAUUCUCUGACAUAAAACAUUGUACCGGAGAUCUUAAAAACGGUGUCGUUUAAUAGUAGCACUUCCUGGAUUUCAGUGUACAUACGUAUAAAUAUACAAACAAAAACGCAUACAAUCUAAGUUUUUUAUAGGGAGGGGAGAGAGAGAGAGAGAGAAAUGGCUGCUUUCAUGGCGGUUCUGGAGGCAGAUCUGCGAGCUCUCUCCGCUGAAUCUCGCCGCCGUUACCCCACCGUCAAAGACGCUGCUGAACAUGCUAUUCUUAAGCUAAGAUCACUGUCGAGUCCGAGUGAAAUUGCGCAUAAUGAGGAUAUUCUGCGGAUAUUUUUGAUGGCUUGUGAAGUUAGAAAUGUGAAGUUGAGUGUGAUUGGGCUGUCUUGUUUGCAAAAACUCAUAUCUCAUGAUGCGGUUGCUCCAUCGGCACUUAAGGAGAUUCUCGCUACAUUAAAAGAUCAUGGUGAAAUGGCAGAUGACAGCAUCCAACUAAAGACCCUGCAAACCAUCCUCAUAAUAUUUCAGUCUCGUUUGCAACCUGAUAUUGAGGAGAAUAUGGCUCAAGCUCUUGGUAUCUGUCUUCGGCUGCUUGACAGCAGCAGAUCUUCUGACAGCGUGAGGAACACUGCUGCAGCAACCUUUCGACAGGCAGUAGCACUGAUAUUUGAUCAUGUGGUUUGUGCUGAGUCACUUCCUACAGGGAAAGGUGGUUCUGGAGGAUACAUCUCUCGUGCUAGUUCAGUAACUAGUGAUGUCAAUCGGAAUUUAAACCGCUUAGAGGCAUUGGAGCUAGAAUUGGUCUCUGGAGGGCCAUCAUUAAUGAGGGACACUUUAACUAAUUCUGGAAAGCUUGGGCUUCGUUUGCUUGAGGACCUGACAGCUCUUGCUGCAGGUGGAUCUGGCAUCUGGUUACGAGUUGACUCAAUUCAACGGACAUUUGCUCUUGAUAUACUUGAGUUUAUCCUAUCCAAUUAUGUGGUAUUAUUCAGGGUCUUGAUUCCUUAUGAUCAGGUUCUGUGUCACCAAAUAUGCUCACUGCUUAUGACCUCACUUCGAACAAAUUCUGAGCUUGAUGGUGAAACUGGAGAGCCUUAUUUCCGUCGCUUGGUCUUGCGUUCAGUAGCUCAUAUUAUCAGACUUUAUAGUUCAUCACUCAUCACUGAAUCUGAGGUGUUUCUUAGCAUGUUGAUCAGAGUUAUAUCUCUUGAUUUACCGUUAUGGCAUCGCAUUCUUGUUCUUGAAAUCUUGAGGGGUUUCUGUGUGGAGGUGCAUACUUUGAGAAUUCUUUUUCAGAAUUUUGACAUGCAUCCGAAGAACACCAAUAUCGUUGAGGAUAUGGUAAAAGCUCUGGCUCGAGUUGUUUCCAAUGUUCAGUUUCAGGACACAAGUGAGGAGAGCCUUGCAGCUGUUGCUGGAAUGUUUAGCAGUAAAGCUAAAGGGAUUGAAUGGAGUUUAGAUAACGAUGCAUCCAAUGCUGCUGUCUUGGUUGCCAGUGAAGCCCAUUCAAUAACAUUGGCAAUUGAGGGUUUGUUGGGUGUUGUUUUCACUGUGGCUACUUUGACAGAUGAGGCAGUUGAUGUUGGUGAGAUUGAGUCCCCCCGCUAUGAUUCUGAGUCACCAGAAAAAUGUACUGGGAAAACUGCUACUCUUUGUAUUUCAAUGGUUGAUUCCAUGUGGCUGACAAUACUUGAUGCUUUGUCUCUGAUUUUGACAAAGUCACAAGGAGAGGCUAUUGUGUUAGAGAUAUUGAAGGGUUAUCAAGCAUUUACUCAGGCUUGUGGAGUUCUUCGUGCUGUGGAGCCUUUGAAUUCUUUUCUUGCCUCCCUUUGCAAGUUUACCAUCAAUAUACCCAAUGAAGUUGAAAAGAAGAGUUUGAUACAGUCUCCUGGGUCAAAGAGGUCAGAAGUAGUAGUUGAUCUGAGGGAAAACAUUGUCCUCACUCCUAAAAAUGUUCAGGCUUUAAGAACCCUCUUCAAUAUAGCCCAUCGACUGCACAAUUUCUUGGGUCCUUCAUGGGUCCUGGUAUUGGAAACCCUAGCUGCUCUUGACCGAGCAAUUCAUUCACCACAUGCUUCAACGCAGGAGGUAUCUACAGCUGUGCCAAGGCUUACACGAGAUUCAUCUGGUUCUGGUCAAUAUAGUGAUUUUCAUAUCCUUUCUUCACUGAAUUCUCAGCUGUUCGAGAGCUCUGCCCUAAUGCAUGUGUCUGCAGUGAAAUCACUUCUUUCUGCUUUACGGCAAUUGUCUCAUCAAUACAUGUUUGCUACUUCUGGUAGCUUGGCACAAGCAUCCAAUCAAAAAUUCGGGACUAUUAGUUUUGCAGUGGAAAGGAUGCUAACGAUAUUAGUCAACAAUCUGCAUAGGGUAGAGCCAUUAUGGGAUGAAGUUGUUGGCCAUUUCCUGGAGCUUUCUGAUAGCUCUAGUCAGCACUUACGCAAUAUGGCACUGGAUGCAAUGGAUAAGUCAAUCUGUGCCGUUUUAGGUUCUGAGCUAUUUCAGGGAAAAAAACAUGGUGGAUUUGAUAAUACACAAACUAAGUUUAGAGACUUGAGAACAUUGGAGUGUGCUGUCAUUUCUCCCUUAGAUACUCUAUAUUCCUCUUCGAAAAGCUUUGACAUUCAUGCUGGGUCUCUUAGAAUUCUUCUUCACGUUUUGGAAAGGCAUGGGGAGAAGUUGUGCUACAGCUGGCAAAAUAUCCUUGAAACAUUAAGGUCUGUUGCUCUUGCAUCAGAGAAGGAUCUCAUCGCUCUGGGAUUCCAGAGUCUUCGUGUGAUAAUGAAUGAUGGCCUUUCAACGAUACCUGCUGACUGCCUCCAUGUAUGCAUUGAUGUAGCAGGAGCUUAUAGUGCUCAGAAGAAUGAAUUGAAUAUAAGUUUGACAGCUAUUGGACUUCUGUGGACAUCAACCGAUUUUGUUGUCAAGGGUGCUUCUCAUGGACCUCAAAGAGAGAAAGAAACAGAUCAAAUAAACAGUGAAAAAAAUGAACAGAUUCUCAAUUCCUCUUAUCCUUUCGAUGAUCAAUUGCUGAUGAGUAUUGUUGUUCGUGACAAGUUGCUUUUCUCUGUUUUCUCUUUACUUCAAAAGCUGGGUGAUGAUGAGAGACCUGAGGUUAGGAACUCUGCUAUCCGGACGCUUUUCCAAAUUCUUGGAAGCCAUGGGCAGAAACUUUCAAAGAGCAUGUGGGAGGAUUGUCUCUGGAAUUAUGUUUUUCCUACAUUAGAUCGUGUGUCCCAUAUGGCUGCGACAUCAUCUAGGGAUGAAUGGCAAGGGAAAGAGCUUGGAACACGAGGAGGAAAAGCUGUUCAUAUGCUCAUACAUCAUAGUCGUAAUACAGCUCAAAAACAAUGGGAUGAGACACUUGUCCUGGUCCUAGGUGGAAUAGCUCGAAUACUGCGCUCUUUUUUCCCUUUUCUCAGAGAUUUAAAGAAUUUUCAGUCUGGAUGGGAGACGUUGCUCAUCUUUGUUAAGAAUAGUAUUUUAAAUGGUAGUAAGGAGGUUGCCCUAGCAGCAAUAAACUGCUUACAAUCAACUGUAAUUUCACAUUCUCCAAAGGGAAAUUUGCCAAUGCCAUAUCUCAGAUCAGUGCUCGAUGUCUAUGAACUUGUUAUUCAAAAAUCACCCAACUGCAGUGAUAGUGCAUCAAGCAAGGUCAAGCAAGAGAUUUUACAUGGUUUAGGAGAAGUAUAUGUACAAGCACAAGCGAUGUUUGACACUGACAUGUAUAAGCAGUUGCUCUCUGUCAUUGAUACUGCAAUUAAAGAGGCCAAAUUUGCCAGUGAUAACUUUGAAGCUGAAUAUGGCAAUGUUCCACCAGUUCAACGUACUGCACUGGAAAUCUUGCCGCUGUUACGUCCAGCAAGACACCUUUCAGCGAUGUGGUUACUACUUAUUGGGAAACUAUUGGAGUAUCUUCCAAAACCUAGUUUGGGCAUAGAAAACAACGAUGAUGACUUAGAGUCAACUGAGAGCAAGGACCAAAACCAUGCUCAUAAGAGUAUAAAGGAGGUCCCAAAUGGGAAAGCCUCAACACCCCAAAAGAAAGGGCAAGCUUCUCCUAAUGGUCUUGAAUCAGUCACAAGCUCCAGUUAUCUAUUUGCAGAGAAGGUUGUUCCUGUGCUGGUGGAUCUAUUUUUGCAGGCUCCGGCUGCAGAGAAGUACAAUAUUUAUGUGGAAACUAUUCAAGGUCUGGGAAGGUGUAUGGCAACAAGGAGAGAUAACCCUGAUGGCUCACUUUGGAGAUUGGCUGUUGAUGGCUUCAACAACAUUCUUGUUGAUGAUGUGAUCAAAGUAACUGUAGACUCUAGUGACCUGACGUUCCCCAGAACAGCAAGAAUACGUGUCUGGAAAGAAGUUGCUGAUGUGUAUGAGAUAUUUCUAGUGAGCCAUUGUGGUCGUGCCCUUCCUUCUAGUGCACUCUCUGUGGCUGUGCUUAAGGCUGAUGAAUCAUUGGAGAUGAAUGUUUUAGACAUUCUGGGAGACAAGAUUCUUAAAUCUCAGAUUGAUGCACCUAUUGAUAUUUUGCAACGAUUAAUUACUACUUUGGACCGAUGUGCAUCACGCACCUGUUCUUUGCCUGUUGAAACUGUUGAGCUCAUGCCUUCAUAUUGUAGCCACUUCUCCUUGAGUUGCUUGCAGAAAAUAUUUUCUUUGGGCAGUUACCAUCACGAGACCAUGGACUGGAAUCUUUCUAGAUCUGAAGUAAGCAAAGUAUCAGUAGUGAUAUUAAUGGCCAGAUGUGAGUUCAUAUUGAAUAAGUUUUUGACUGAUGAAAAUGAGAUAGGUGAACGUCCCUUGCCACAUGCAAGGGUGGAAGAAGUCAUUUUUGUCCUCCAGGAGCUAGCACGUCUUGUAAUUCAUUCAGAUACAUCAUCAGUCCUUCCUUUAAAUCAUUCCUUGAUGGAUGGCCUCUCAGGGGGAAGCGGGGGACGUAAACAUUUGCUUGUCCUUUUCCCAUCCUUUUGUGAACUUGUUGUAUCAAGAGAAUCAAGAGUCAGGGAGCUAGUACAAGUGCUGCUUAGACUUAUAGCUGCAGAAUUGGGUCUGCAGAAGCUGAGUUUUGCAAGUUAAUGUGUGGAAGAAAGCGGCUCCUGAGUGCAUAUUUGAGUUCCAUUUUUUUGUGUUCACGUCUAUGUGAGGAAUUUUUUUGGGUCUCCUCCAUCAGUCGAUGUUGUAUCACUAUAUAUAUAUAUAUAUUAAUUAUUGGAAUCAUAUGGUAUGUGUUUGUCUAGGUAUAAAGGAUAGGAGAAUAGUUGGAAAUGACUCGUGUAGCUGUACAGGAAGAAGAAGAAUGCGUACCUCAGAAAUUCCUGUAGUUUUUCUUGUAAAUUACGGUUUGUUUAUAUAUUGCUUCUUGCUACUUUUCCUGUACAAAGCCAAAAGUAGUUAAUUGUCAAGCAUCAGGAUUUUGAGAUUCCUGAAGGUAUUAUUGAUAUUAUUAUUGAUAUCAAUGUGACAGUGGCCUUCACUGGCGAAGUUUCCAGCCUCUGCAA